AUGAACCGAGUCAAGUACACAUUGCAGGACAGUAUCGCCGUUUCUGACUCAGUGUGGCGGUACGAUCUCCCCGACUUGCCGGAGGCAGACAGAUGCCGUCAGGCUGAACGCAUCAAAUCAAUCCGACUCUCCUGUUCGUCCUCACUGCAAGGCAUAUACCUGGAUUGGACACCGGUCUCGUCGAAUCGAGCCACUCGGGAGCACUUCCUGGAGGAUCUUAUUCAAGUCAGCGUCUCAGACUUUCGACCGGUGUACGACACCAAAGAUGCAUCUCUACCGAAAGAUCACAAACAAGCCGUGGACUACAUCUCUCGCUUUCUCACGUCUGGCGUUGUGAUCAAUGGUGUACAGUACUCGUUCUACGGACAUAGUAACAGCCAACUGAAGUCUCGGUCUUGUUACCUCCUGGCCGGCUCAAAGCAGGAAGUGAGCAAGAAGGUCGAGGCUCUGGGAGAUUUCAACAAGAUCAAAACAGUGGCCAAAAAGGCGAAACGAAUCGGCCUCUUGUUCUCGACUGCUGACAUUGUCCUGGACGUUCCCAGGUCCAGAUGUCGUGACAUUGAAGAUAUCGAGAGAAAUGGAUUCAUCUUCACGGACGGAUGCGGCCUCGCUUCCAAAGGCUUCGUUCAUUUGGUAGCUAGCAAGAAGACCAUCAUAUUUCAUGACCAACGGUACUAUCCCUCCGUCCUCCAGAUUCGGUAUCAAGGCUACAAGGGAGUGGUAUGCGUGGAGCCUCGGAUGGAGAAGGGUCUCUGGCUCAAGUUGCGGAAGUCGAUGAAAAAGUUCAGUGGAACAGACGACAUGAGCUUCGCCGUCGUGGCAUUCUCAAAGCCCUACACAUACGGAUAUCUCAAUGAUGAAAUCAUACUCUUGCUCAAUUCUCUCGCUAUCGACGCGGCUGUCUUCACCAAGAAACAGAAAGAGUACUUUGAAUUCCUCGACCGGUCACGCGCGGACCCUGUCUGUGCUUUUCGUCUGCUGAGCUCCCUUGGUAUGGCCGCCGAGGCUGAAAAACUCCUGAUCGAAGGCAUGGAGAAGGUCGAGCAAACUGUGCGCAAGACGGUCACUCAAGAAUACAGCAAGAUGCUCAACAAACACGACGAACAGCGAACGCGGAUCCUGAUACCGCGGUCGCGACUAUUGUUCGGCGUCUGUGAUCCUUACGGCUUGCUCAAACCAGGAGAGUGUUUUCUGCGUGUGACAUUGGAAGAAUUUGGUUCGCCUGUCACCAUCACUGGAGUUGAAGUGCUCGUGUCGAGGAAUCCCUGUCUACAUCCUGGGGACCUCCGCAAACUCAAGGCUGUCAAUCGACCGGAGCUCAGCCAUCUUACUGACUGUGUGGUCUUCUCCACGCAGGGCAAGCGGCCGGCGGCUGACCUCAUGUCUGGCGGCGACUUGGACGGCGACACAUUCUUUGUAUGCUGGGAUCCUGAACUAAUUCCCGAGGUCAUCUCAGAGCCAGCCGAGUAUCCAGGAGCGAAGGAAGCCAUCAGGUUCUCUCCCAUCACCGUCGACGAUCUGAUCACAUACUUUGCUGGAUACAACAAUAUGUCACUUGGUCGCGUCAAGAAGGUGUAUCUUGGGUGGGCGCGCGCCCUGGGGCCUCGCUGCAGCCAGUGCCAGGAGCUCAAUCGGCUGUUCUCUCAGUGCGUCGAUGGCAACCGUAUCAAGAUACCUGACAAGUUGCUCGACCCUCCUGAGGCUCCACCCGAUGCACAGCCAUUUAUCCUCGACGUCCUCCGUGAUGCAGCUCGACAACAUUGCAGCAGUGUGAAAAAGGCAAAAAACCCUCUCAACGCCGUGGAACAACGGGGAUUGGGGCAUGAUAUACAAACUAUGGGCAUUGCGGAUCGAGGUCUCUUGGAGUUUAUUCUCAGCAACCCUGCCCCCUUUUCGGACUUUGAGUUGGCCAAGUUGACCUUGGCCUGGUGUCGGAGGAACAACGUCCGCUUUGAAGAGUUCUGGGCCUAUUUCGACCCUUCCCAGCUCACGGCCGACGAGCAGGCCUGGAUACUGGCAGAACUGCCUCCGUCUCCCGAGUAUCCGUCUCACUACAAGAACGGGCUCCUCCAGUCGAAGAUUCUCUUUAAAGAAGAUCUGCACCCUUUCCGGCUGGACCUCCAUUCUUUACAUUGGAAGUGCGUCUUCGACUCUCAAUCCGACCCCCUGCGAAGCUUCAUGGUCGCGGUCAACCAGACGUUCGCGCAGUUUGCGAAGAAGCUCGUCAUCCUCCGCCUCGGCGAGCGGCUGAGCGUCGCCAUUUACUUCCCACGGCCGAUCGAGAGAGAAGAGGAUGUCGUCGUCCACGAAACGGUGAGAUUGUUCGCCUUCCCACAUUCCCACAACGACAGAGUCGGACACCGCCGGGGCGUCCCCACCAAGAAGAAUUACCGGUUCUACUACGAUGAAAACGUCAUGCAGCUCUACGAGAAUCAACGCGCAAACACCUUUGUCUUCUUCGGCAGACCACCCAACGACGACCGCCCCUACAGGAACCUUCAAGGCAAAAGUAACCGGGACCGGGCCCGCCAGAAGACGGUCGACCAAGGUGUCAACUGCGACUGGAACGUGAGCAUAGCUCUGGCAAAGUUCAGUGCUCAACUGGCUACUCACGUCGGGCGCACGUGGAGAGAGCCGGUCACUGAUGCUGAACUGUAUGUCAUCAGCAACAAAGAUGUUCGAGCACUGCGGGCUCUGGACCUUUGGUUCGAGAGCAUCGAUACACUGGACGUCCUCCCCAACUUUCCCGACGAGCAGCCACCAUUCAGCCUUCCGACUCUCGACGACAUCGAUUGGAGUCUACACAGCGAUUUUGUUGUCCAGGUGGUGCGACAGAAGAAACAUUCCCUCGUGGUAGAAGCAACGGUGCCACAGCUUGUGGAGUUGCUGAAGUUCAGCUGGAGAAACAAUCUCGUCGACAUGUUGUCGGAGAUCUAUAGUCAGAUCCUGCGCCUCGACACCACGGACGAGGGCCCAACCCUGCGAUGUCGUCCUGAGACUAUUCGAAGCCUCGUCGAAUUUCUCCACUUUAAGCCUGCACUGGCGAUACACUUCGCACGUCUCUGUCCCUGGUCUCUCCUUCCUGGUCCCUACUCCAGUGUCCUUCAGCAGGGGGGCCCUGCCGUCCUUCGAGCUCUUAUCCUUUGCGCAAACCAGGCGGGGGAGCUGGUGGUGAAGCACAUGAAUGCAAUCCUGCGAGACACACGUCUGAGCUUACCUGCGGCCCGCGAACUUUUGGAAACUGCCUCUUUAGCAAUUGCAAGUCCGGACCUGCUGCUGACGAUUCUCAUGGAGUGCCGAGACGCAUUUGCCAAUGCUAUCCAGGACCUUGACCGUGACGUCGUUGCAUAUUUCUUGCGCAAUAUUUUCGGGACGGUGCUCGAUCAUUGCGCCGAGGCGAGCGACACGACUGAGGACACGCCAGGGUCAUGGAUGCUGAAAGCAGGGCCGGCAGUCAACGAACGAGUCUCAUUUGUGACGAGCCAGCGGCGCAUCGACGCUCCCAGACUGGCCAGACUGGCUGUGGGCGACCAUGUGCGAGUUGUGGCAAAAACGGCGGCGACAAAUUCUACCGCUGCCCGCCCUGCAACCUUGGACGCCGUGGUGGAAGCAGCAAGCGACAAUGGGAUCAAAUUUCGGUGCCUUUCACAGCCUUUCACGUUCCUUGAGAAGACCGCUUGGACAAUGAAGCACUGUGGUUCUGUCGUGAACACCCAAUCGGCGGGAGAAGCAUUAGUGUAUCUUCUUGUCGAGAAAGAUCAAUCUUGCAGCUUUUAUCACACUCUUUUGAGCACAAAAAUCCCACCAACGGAGAGCCAGGGGGUAGACGAGGGUGUUUCGACACAGAGUAGCGAACUCAUCAAGGGUCUGAAUGAAAGUCAAAGUCGUGCCGUUGACGUAUCCAUUAAGGCUCGGCUGACUUGUCUCUGGGGACCGCCUGGGACGGGGAAGACCUCGACUAUAAUUGCAUUGCUGCGAAAAUUGCUGAAGGAAGACAAAACUGGCAGAGUCCUAGUCGCGGCACCAACGCACAAUGCUGUUGAUAAUGUGUUGCGACAGUACGUGAAAAAGGCACUGGACUUUGAUCUCGAUCUGCCACGGCCGAUCCGAGUUUCCACUGAGGUGACCAAGGUCUCUGAUGAUCUGAAAGCUUACACCAUCGAUGCAAUGUUCGGUAAAGAUAUGAACAUGCAUCUAUCGGCAAAACGCAAGGCUAUCGCGAUGAUUUCCGAGGCCAGGUUGGUAUUCACGACUUGUGUUAGUGCCGCAUUAGGACUGCUUCGAAAGCAAAACUUCGACACUGUCAUCAUUGAUGAAGCCUCUCAACAGACUGAGCCGGCGUCUCUAAUACCUUUGGUCAAAGGCUGCCAGCGAGGGAUCUUGGUUGGAGACCAUGUCCAACUUCGGGCUACUGUUAGUCCUCAUGCAUCCACGUUGGAUCAUGACAUAUCGCUUAUGGAGCGUCUUUGGGCAGAAGCGUCAGACAGUGCCGUGGGAAAAUCCAUGUUGGACACGCAAUAUCGUAUGCAUCCGACCCUGUGUAUCUUUCCCAGUGACGAGUUUUACGGUGGCCGCUUGCUGUCAGCCGAGAUUUGCCAUACCAUAAAGAUCCCUGCUUCGUCUUUUCCGUGGCCAAAACGAGAAGCCAAUGCGAAACACGAACCGACUCCCUCGAAGAGAGCGGUAUUUAUUCAAUGUGGUGACGCAGAGGAUCUAGGGAGGAAAUCCAAGGUCAAUCACACUCAAGCCAACAUCUGCAAAGAAAUCCUGACGCUGUUGUCCACCGCACCGCAAAACGAUCAAAGCAGUCCAGGCACAGGACCCAGCUCGCCACCACCAUCCGUGGCGAUCUUGACACCAUACGCCCGCCAGGCAGAGCUACUCAAGCAGCUUUGUGGAGGACACACUGUGUCGAGCAUUGACGGGUUCCAAGGUCAGGAAGCGGACAUCAUCAUCUUCGUUACGGUACGAUGCAAUUUGCAGGGGGAAAUAGGGUUCUUGAAAGACAUGCGGAGGCUGAAUGUUGCGCUGACCAGGGCUAAGGCUGGACUGAUCAUUGUCGGAGACCAAUCGACAUUGACCAGGAAGAGGGAGCAGGAGGAGGCAUGUCGAGUCUGGGAUCGUCUGAUCAAGACGUGUUCGAAGGUGGAGCUUCAUGCUGCGGACAAGAAGGGCACAGGGAAGUAG